GCCAAGUCCAAAGCAAAGAAUGUUCCAAAUCAACAGGUGCUACAAUCUUCUGCCGACGAUUCCUGCAGGAUUCAUGUACAAACUCCUCAGGUACAUGUGAACAGUCUGCUCUUAUCGUUAGUUUUUUUUCAUUGAACCAUAAGUACUUAACAGAUAUCUUACAUAUAUUUUAAAAUUAAUUUUAAAAUGUUUUUUUACAUGCUUCGUAAACUGUUUGAUUUAUUUAAUUAUUUUAGUCAUUACACAAUUCAUCACAUUUAUUAUAAUAGAAUAAUAAAACUUGUGUUUGUUUGUAGGACUAUACUUAAAGUGUUUAGACCUGUCUGCAUCUGGAAAACAGGGUUUCUGUUGCGCCAGGGACCAGUGGACAUCAAAGCCUCUUUGCACAGAUACCAAGGAGGAAAUUUUGAUAGUACAACUUUUAAAUUAUAGAAAAAAAUGUUAUGUUUUAAUUCUGGAAAGAUUUGAAUGAAUUUUGAUUUGAACAAUUCUCUUCCAAUUUUUCCAAAUUUAUAACUGUUAAAAAUAAACCGAAAACAAACUAUAUUGAUGAAUUUGAUAAAUAUUCAAAUAAAAAUACAUAAUAAUUUCUUCCCAAAUUUGUAGGAACUCCUGUUCUAGUGUUGUCAGCACGAGUGCUGGACAUUCGAAAAAAUUUGGAUCUAAGUACAGAAAUUCCCGCAUCAGUCCAACAGGCACACCAUUUAAUGUUCUCCUGCCUAAGACAGGUCAUGCUUGUAGUGGACAGUGUGUGUCUGAAAACUAAAG